AACAAAAAUGCUUAAGAAAACCACUUAAAAUUCAAAUGUAAACAUAAAACAAAACAAAGAACGAGUUUUCCCUAUGCAAACUGCGCAACAAAAUGUGCUGCAACAUUUAUUGAAGUAACCAAAAACCAAGAAGGAAAGCAAACGACAACAAAAACAGCAUGCAUUAGCCCAAGGAAGGUAGACAGACUUUCCCUGGUCUUGGUUGGCCUCUCGCCAUCACUUUCUCUUUCUCUCAAGUCCGAUUCGAAGUGCUCAACGUCUUCUACUGGAAACAAACAAUAAUAUAUAAGAAGGCAACAUGAAUAUUGGCAUUGCAGCACAGAAAUGGGAUAAAUUAUCACCAAGAGAAUUCUUGCAGCUACAGGAAUUGGCCUCAUAUUCCACACGCAAGCUGCAGGAUGUGCUGAAGGAGUUUUGCAGUCCCACAGCAACAGCCACGCCCAAAUGCAUACCAGAUGGGGACAUUGAUUUCGAUGGCUUUCGACGAUUUCUGGAUGCCUUCUUGGACUGUGAGGCACCGCUGGACCUGGCCAAACAUUUGUUCGUGUCCUUCCUCAAGCCAAAUGUCACCCAGGCCCAGCUGCAUGGCAAGGCGCUCAAUCAAAUGGCAGCCAUUAGCAGCACAGCAGCCUGUGCCCCGGUCACGUCCCAUACAAAGGGCUCCAUACCGAACAUCAACAGCAUUGCCGAGCUGAUGCCCCAGUGCAGUGGCGGAGGAGGAGGAGGAAGUGGCGGCGGUGGAGCCGGCAACAGCGGAGUCAGCGAGGCUCAGGCCCAGGCACGCAGCAGCUUUGUAGACAAAAUCCAUGGCAUUACGGAUAAAUUACAACACUCGUUGGGCGGACAUCUGGUUUCCACGCAUGAUCCCAGCAAAACGGGCAGUGUCCAUCCCAUGGUGACAGUAACGCCCAGCCCCUUGGCCAGUGGACCGAGCAUAUUUCAGACAAACAAUGCCUCACGUCGUUCCGUCGAUUCUAGUCCAUCGCAUUCGCAAACGAAUCAUUCACAAAUGUCACGGAAUUCCUCGAAGAAAAGCUCCAAUUCGGUUAAUUGUAAAAUUGACACUGACAUUAAACUCUUGGCACGCAAACUCUCACAUUUUGAUCCAUUGACACUUAAGGUUCCGCUCAAGGAUGUCGUUUGUUAUUUAUCACUGCUCGAGGCUGGACGUCCCGAGGAUAAGCUUGAAUUCAUGUUCCGGCUAUACGAUACGGACAGCAAUGGGGUCCUGGAUACUGCCGAAAUGGAUGCCAUUGUUAAUCAGAUGAUGGCCGUUGCCGAAUAUCUGGGCUGGGAUGUCAGCGAAUUGCGUCCGAUACUGCAAGAUAUGAUGGUUGAAAUUGACUAUGAUGCCGAUGGCACAGUGUCCUUGGAUGAGUGGCAACGUGGCGGGAUGACAACAAUUCCCCUGCUCGUGCUUCUAGGUGUUGACAGCACCGCACUAAAGGAGGAUGGCAUACAUGUGUGGCGCUUGAAGCACUUCAGUAAGCCGGCAUAUUGCAAUCUCUGCCUCAACAUGUUGGUCGGCCUAGGCAAAAAGGGCCUCUGCUGUGUGUUGUGCAAAUAUACGGUGCACGAACGUUGUGUGCAACAUGCCCCCGCUUCGUGCAUUACCACAUAUGUGAAAUCGAAGAAACCGAAAUGCGGAGGCGAUCUGCUGCAUCAUUGGGUCGAGGGUAAUUGCUAUGGACGUUGCUCGAAAUGUCGGAAAAGGAUUAAGGCCUACCAUGGCAUCACGGGACUGACUUGUCGCUGGUGUCACAUGAUGCUCCACAAUCGUUGCGCCUCGUCGGUGAAAAAGGAAUGCACUUUGGGUGAAUAUGGCGAACUGAUUGUUCCCCCCACAGCCAUUUGUCCAGCGGUUUUGGAUCGUCAGCGUUCAGUAAAUCAUGCAAAGAAAUCACAAAUGCAUCAUCACCAGGCCACACAUUUUCAAAUAACACCCCCGGAUGAGCUCAGUUGCCCAUUGCUGGUGUUUGUCAAUCCCAAGAGUGGAGGUCGUCAGGGUGAUCGCAUAUUAAGGAAAUUCCAGUACAUGCUCAAUCCCAGACAGGUCUACGAUUUGUCCAAAGGUGGACCCAAAGAAGGACUCACGCUGUUUAAGGAUUUACCCAACUUCAAAGUAAUCUGCUGCGGCGGCGAUGGCACCGUUGGCUGGGUGCUCGAGGCCAUGGAUUCCAUUGAGUUGGCAACUCAACCGGCUAUUGGUGUUAUACCUUUGGGUACUGGCAACGAUUUGGCACGCUGUCUUCGCUGGGGCGGUGGCUAUGAGGGCGAGAAUAUACCCAAACUGAUGGAGAAAAUAAAACGUGCCUCGACUGUCAUGCUGGAUCGCUGGAGCAUUGAGGUAACCAAUACACCGCCCAUCGAUGACUUGAGACCAAAGGUUACUUUACACUCAAACAUGCAGAAAGUGAUUGAAUUGUCGCAAAGUGUUGUAGUCGACAAAUCGCUGAUCGAACGUUUCGAGGAGAUUCAGCGUCAGAAUUUCAUGAGCAGCAGCACCAGUGCCGGUAGUCUUAUGGCCAUGUCUGGGAUGGCUAGUGGCAAACAGCAGUCAACUGGCACAUCGAUUAUGAUGGCCUCGUCAACGGAAUACACACAGGACACCAUGAGACUGGAGGGUGGUGGAGCCAUAACCAGUGGAAAUGGUGAACGAAUAACCACCACCAACAGCACUAGCAGCACCACCACCACCACCACCACCAAGAGCAUUUCAAUGUCCACAUUCGAAACGAGACGCGUACAAAAAACAUUGACAGCCACAUUGAGCAGCGGCAGCAAUGGGCCAGAGUCAGGACCCGAGUCGGUGGCAGAGCCAGCGCCAGAGGAAGCAACAAAAAGGACGACGUCAGAUGUAACAGAAAAGCAAUCACUUGAGACAUUGCUCUUGCAGCACAAGCAGCAACUUCUCUUGCAACAGCAACAGCAACAGCAACAGCAGCAAAAGUCGGCAGCGGCAACGGAUGCUGCAGAGGAAACAACAGCAUUGGGGAAUAAUCAAAGCGAUAAUAAUAGUCAGCGCAAUAAGCAGAACAACAUCCUUAAACAGCAAAUUACAUUGUCAUUGGAUCUCUCGGCUGCCAGUGAAGAGGAUGCGGAUGCGGAUGAGGAAGGAAAAGAAAAUGCCGCCAUGGAAGAUGAACACGAGCGGGCACAGAACGAGGAUGCAAUCGCAUGUCGAAACCAAAGCCAGCCACAAGCUGCUCCCAUUACACCAACAACACCGACACCAACAACUGCAGCUAUUGGCAUGUCCGGACAACAACAGCAACAACAACAGAAACCCAUCAAAGUGCAAUCGGACAAGGAUUGCACUGUUCCCUAUAACAUUAUCAACAAUUAUUUUUCCGUUGGCGUGGAUGCCGCCAUUUGUGUCAAGUUCCAUUUGGAGCGAGAAAAAAAUCCGCAUAAAUUCAAUAGCCGCAUGAAAAAUAAACUUUGGUAUUUCGAAUACGCAACCUCAGAGACAUUUGCUGCAUCCUGUAAGAACCUUCACGAGUAUAUCGAGAUUGUGUGCGAUGGCAUGGCCUUGGAUUUGGCCAAUGGGCCACAUUUGCAGGGAGUGGCCCUAUUGAAUAUACCCUAUACACAUGGCGGUUCCAAUUUGUGGGGUGAACACCUAUCCCAGAAGCGUAUACGCAAAAGUGCUGGACCCUUUGGCAAGAGUAAGAAACUUAAAUCCAGCGAUAAAGAAUUCUCAGCAACCAGUUUCAAUUCGGUGGAUCUCUCAGUGGCCAUUCAAGACAUCGGCGAUCGUCUGAUUGAGGUAAUUGGCUUGGAGAACUGUUUGCAUAUGGGUCAAGUGCGUACUGGGUUGCGGGCCUCCGGACGACGUUUGGCCCAAUGCAGUGAGGUGAUUAUCAAGACAAAGAAAACAUUUCCCAUGCAAAUCGAUGGCGAACCCUGGAUGCAAAUGCCCUGCACAAUUAAGGUAACACAUAAGAACCAAGUUCCUAUGCUUAUGGCACCCCGAUCGGAGAAGGGACGUGGAUUCUUCAAUAUGCUGUGCAGUUGAUUCAGGCGCAGCGCAUCGACUGACUUUAUGGGACGUGGUAAGAGGGAACGUGAUCGCCGAUGCCAGCCCAAUGAGUCCGCCGAUGAGCUGGAUGAUGAUGACGACGAUGAUGAUGAUAAUUUUCGUAUUGUAACUAGAAGCACCACCGUCCAUAACAUAGCCUAGCGUAAAUAGUUAUAUAUUAUUAUUAUAUUGUUUUCCACCACCACCACCACCAACAACAACAACAACAACAAAUUUCAUUUCGAUUUGAGUGAGUUGCAGAGCUUUAUUAGUAAUUUUAGUAUAAACAAAAUGAAUAUAUGUAUAAAGUAUUUAUAUGUAUAAUACAUUCCAAGUUGGAAGUCAGUGUUAACCCAA